ACUGUGAUCUCACCUCCCUAUUCCCGAUUGGAUUGCUAAAUUUAGGAAACCACCCUGUGCUUUAUAAAGAGAUCGCAGUGGUUCCUGGUAAAUGUUCUGGAGUUGUCAUACGGGAGCGGCUUACGAGACACGUCUCGUUUAGAGUUUAAAAGCAGGAGGAGUGAACGUCACGAGAGUGUCUGGGUUUUUGAUGCCGUGUUCAAGCGAGAGGUAGGAAGAAGGCAGCAAUGGCAGACAUACGGAAGAAACUAGUCGUGGUGGGAGACGGCGCGUGUGGGAAAACUUGUCUAUUGAUCGUAUUCAGCAAAGACGAGUUCCCCGAGGUGUAUGUCCCGACUGUUUUUGAGACAUACGUGGCGGAUAUAGAGGUGGAAAACAAGCAAGUCCAGCUAGCUUUGUGGGACACCGCUGGGCAGGAGGACUACGAUCGGCUGCGCCCACUCUCCUACCCGGACACCGAUGUCAUUCUGAUGUGCUUUUCCGUGGACAGCCCGGACUCGUUGGAAAACAUCCCCGAAAAGUGGGUACCCGAAAUCAAACAUUUUUGUCCCAACGUGCCCAUUAUACUGGUGGCCAACAAGAAAGAUCUCCGCAACGACGAGAACGUGAAGAACGAGCUGUCCCGGUUGAAGCUGGAGCCCGUGAGAGCAGAGGACGGGCGGGCCAUGGCCAUGCGCAUUGGCGCAUAUGCCUAUUUGGAGUGCGCUGCUAAAACCAAGGAGGGCAUCUGGGAGGUAUUCGAAACGGCAACACGUGCGUCUUUACAAAAACAGAAAAUGCCAUCGAAACGGUGUCUCAAUUGCUGUGUUUUGAUGUGAGUCGACGCUGUCUGGGAGAACCGUGACGCGCAGACGCGACGCUUCCACCGCCGGGAUCUGUGUCUGAACAUGUAUGGGCCGUGGCCAUGGUUUGGUUACUCCCUUGUAGUCAGACGACCUUGGUUGAGCCAAAACGAAAGACUGCAAACGAGUUGUUUUGAACACACACGAUGAUCAUCUGAAAUCUGUGCGUGUGAGUGAGAAAUGCACUGGCAACAGCAUGUUAUUUACGGGUCACAUGUGUGACAGGUGGAGGGGUAAAAAGGACACGGUUCAUGUCAGCGGACGCCUUAUUUAUUACACCUUGUCUAAUGUGGACAUGACCCUUCAGGCCUGCUUUUGAGCCUGGUUUUAAAUAGAUAACUGUUUGUGUUUGCAUAGGACACCGUCUUACUGCCAAGGCUACAGCUUACUUUGUAAUAAGCAAAUAUUGCACUCGUUUAUGUCCACUUUGUAUUGUAAAAAUGAAUAUUUAGUUUGAAAUUGCACAGCAGAAUUACUGUUUGACACAACAGCGAUUCCCAUAAUUAUUGUUUUCAAACUUUCUAACCCUUAGUUCAACCCAUAGUGCAACUGUUUUACCCAGGAAUGAAGACAUAGCUUCAGUUUACAGUGAAAGAAAUCAGGUGUUUGUACCAAAAAAUAAAAAAAGUAUGUUUUUGACCCCACAGUAUUACAUGUUUAUAGGCGUAUGUAUGUCUGAGAGACUUUAGACAGUAUAGUUUAGCACAUUUUUAUGGAGAUGAUUUGUUAGUUAAAAGUACAAUUACUAGAAAUCUUUUUAAAAGUUUGCUAAGCAUGCUUCUACCCCAAAGGUAUGCUUUGCUCGGGGCUACAAUAACUCAAUUUGGGAGGAUAUUUUGUAAAAGAUGCGUUUUGACCAUAGAUCACAAAACAAUGACAUUCACGCUAAUACAUUGUAGCCUGUAAAUGGUACCACGUACAAAGGAGGGGGAUGUUUUGUCAUUACAGCUUACCAUUUGAAGCACAUACUCACCAUGUUUCUUAACUUUCAAAUCCAAUCUAGCUGUCUCAAAGGCGGGCAUGUCUCAUCAGUCUCAGAGAAUUCAAAGACCUGUGGUCCAUUUUCUAUUUAUCUAUGGCUGCCUUUUCUGGUAUGGUGUUGAUAUCCAGAAGUUUGAGGCUUUUUCUUAGUGUCAUAAAAAGAGGGCUGUGUCAGAGCUCUAUUAGCCAGUAGCACACUCAAAUGGGAUUAUGGGAAAGUGUGGCUAUUUACAUUAUUCCUGUUAUGUUAUUAAAACCACAGUUGUAUAAUUAUUACAUAAACAAAAGGGUAUCCCUUCGACUAAAAGACUAGAUAAAAAAAUACAUGUAAAUUGUAAAAUUCUUCAUUUAUUUUCUGAAGAUGUUAAAGGUUUGUUUAUAGCUGAACAAAUUAUUAUUGAGAAACAUACACACUUUGCACCUUCACGUCUUCCAUUAUGACGGUGAUAUUGUUGGAGCUUUGAAGUUGGCAACAGAAAUCCACAUAUUUGAGCUUAUUUUUGUGUAAUGAGCUCAUGUUUGACCUGUGUUCACAAGCAGUGUUGUGUUGCUGUCGUCUUUUACACAAUGGUGGGAGUGCUUGUUCAAAUGACAGCUCUGGACAUCAGUUUCGGUGUGUGACCUGGGAAUCCAGGGUAGAAACACUGGUGGAUUACUAUGAGUUAUUAUUCAAUUUCUAUUUAAACAUGUCGUUUGUAUGUGGUUCAUUGAAUAACCAGACACUAAAUCCGAGUUUAAUAAGAGUUAUCUUUUAUAAAUCCAACCGGUUACAAGGGUGUAAAAGUCACAUUCCUCCCUGCCUUCUGUUGCUCAGCUUUUUUGCUGACUUACAGGACAGGAAUGCAUUGUGCUAGACUGGUUAAUUUUCCCACACUGGUCCCCCUCAUGUGCCUCUGAAGUUAUUAUUCCCGUAUCAAACCAAGCAUCUUUUUCUUUAUUAUACUUUGAAGAAUAAAACUAUGAAACCAUGGAGAAGUAAAAUUAUGAAACUGUGCUCAAAACAUUUGUUUGUGAGAGUGUAUCAAAUUAUAAUUACGUUAAUGUAAUGACAUCAUUUACAGGUUUGAAUGGGGAAAAAAGAUUUAUUUUGAGGAAAAACAAUACAGAAUGUAAGAAAACAAAUGGUACUGUUUUGGGAAAGUCAAUAAAAAAAAUCAUUGUGUGUCAACACCACUA